UCACAUCUCGUCCUGUUCAGUCUACUAAUGGUGCAGUAUUUGCAUCUCUCCUAUAUUUACAGCUUUUACCACUUCUCUCCAUUCACUUGAAAACUCAAUUGCUUUGCCCACAAGAACUACAAAAUCCCACAAAGGUGCUUGUACCAUUUGAUUUCUCCCCUUUCCCACAAAUGGUACCAACAAAGUUCAGCCGCAGAUUCUUCAAGUUUCGUACCCCAUCUUCCACUCCACCACAAUCUCUCUGAUUCCUUAAAAAUUUUGGCAAUUUCCCAGACUGCCCUUUUCCAAAACCGCACCAACUAUUCCUCCAAAAUUCUCCACACAAACACAACUCUCCCUUUCAAAGUUUCAAACUUCCUCCCCAUCUGCCUCUGAAAUUUGACAUCUUUUUUACCCAAAUCACGAAUGGUUGCCAACAAGUACGAGUGGGCGUCACGCGCCGUGGUAGUGAGUGUGGACUGUGUGGGUUGGAUUAUGCUGAGGAUUGAUUACUCGAGGCUCUUCUGGCUCUUGUUUGGUGUCUUCUCUUACGAAAACCACGAGGGAAAGCCUCGGAUUUGAUUUCCCAAAUUUCCCAGUUUUUAUUUUCCACACCCUUUAAUUUUCCCACCACACCCUCUUAGAUUACAUUUAGCUACCCUUUUAUUUGUUUCUGGUGAUCAACUGCUCUGUCUCUGGUUUGUUCGUCAAACAAAAGAAACAACGUCUGAUUUCGAAGUCUUGGGAACUGGGAAGUCAUUAGUAGGAAUCCUCGAACAUGUCGAAGGCAGACAAGGCUGGCUAUGUUGAAAUGGAUCCUACUGCGAGAUAUGGUCGGUUUGAAGAAGUGCUUGGCAAAGGAGCAAUGAAAACAGUGUACAAGGCAAUUGAUGAGUUGCUUGGGAUGGAGGUGGCAUGGAAUCAGGUAAAGCUUAAUGAAGUUCUUCGCUCACCAGAGGAUUUGCAGCGGCUCUACUCAGAGGUUCACCUCCUCAGCACCCUCAACCAUGACUCCAUUAUUCGGUUCUACACCUCUUGGAUUGACAUUGAGCACAAAGCUUUUAACUUCAUUACUGAAAUGUUCACAUCGGGGACGCUAAGACAGUAUAGGAAGAAAUAUAAUCAGGUAGACAUCCGAGCCAUAAAGAACUGGGCCCGCCAGAUCCUUCGGGGUCUUGUACAUCUGCAUGGACAUGAUCCUCCAGUGAUCCAUAGAGAUCUUAAGUGUGACAACAUCUUUGUUAAUGGGCACCUUGGGCAAGUCAAAAUUGGUGAUUUAGGGCUUGCAGCAAUUCUCCGUGGUUCCCAAUCUGCUCACAGUGUUAUAGGCACUCCGGAGUUCAUGGCACCAGAACUAUAUGAGGAAGAUUACAACGAACUAGUCGAUGUCUACUCAUUUGGCAUGUGUGUUUUAGAGAUGCUUACAUCUGAAUACCCAUAUAGUGAGUGUGUCAACCCUGCACAAAUCUACAAGAAAGUGACAGCGGGGAAGCUUCCAGGAGCAUUCUACCGGAUUGAAGACUUGGAAGCACAGAGAUUCGUAGGGAAAUGCUUGGUAAAUGCAUCAAAGAGAUUAUCGGCUAAAGAAUUAUUGCUUGAUCCAUUUCUCGAGUGUGGCAAAGAUGAAUCAUUGCCUUUGGGAAAGCUUGGACACCCGAAGCCAUUUUUAAACGACAAAGAAAUGGAGAAGCUGCGAUUGAGCGAUCAUCGUACCAGGACUGACAUGACAAUCACGGGGAAGCUAAAUUCUGAAGAUGAUACCAUUUUUCUUAAAGUUCAGAUUGCUGAUAAAGACGGUUCUCUUAGGAAUAUAUAUUUUCCUUUUGAUAUAUUGAAUGAUACACCAUUUGAUGUUGCGACGGAAAUGGUCAAGGAAUUGGAGAUCACUGAUUGGGAACCAUUUGAAAUUGCUAAUAUGAUUGAAGGGGAGAUAUCUGCUCUGGCACCAGAUUGGAAACCUGAAGCCUACCACACAUUUAAUUAUCAAGAUGAUGACGACGAUGGACCUCACCACCCUUCUCACUCUUAUUCCUCAUCAUCCCACUCAUCAUUGUCAGGCUUGAUCAGUUCUCAUGGGAUUAACGGAAUGAAAAAUGCCUGCGAUUGGUUCCAAGAUGAUUUGCUUGAUGAGACCAGCUCACAAAGCUCUUCGCACUCAGGAACAUAUUCCAACUUAAGUUUCAUUUCUGGCAAUGAGCACGGCACUAAGAUGAUCCCCACAGGAGGAGACAAACAUCCCAUAUCAAAAUGUCACAAAUCAACAAGGUUUUGUCCCGAAGAAACCAGCCAUGCUGGGCAGUACAUAGCGAAAAAAUACUUUGAGAGAUGCAAAGCUUUACUAGCAUCUGGUUCGAAAGAUAAAAGGAUCAUGGACAGCCGUAAAUUGAUGAGGAAUAGGUCACUAGUAGACAUAAGAAGCCAACUACUACACCGGUCUGUGGUUGAAGAGGUGAAUAGGAGGCGCUUGUUUAAGACGGUGGGAGAUGUUGAAACCAUUGGGUUUCAAGCGCCUUGUGAUGUUUCAAAGAAGUUGUAGAAGCCAUUAGCUGCUGUUUGUUAUACAAGAACCACAAGCAAUGCGAAGGGUAAAUUACACCAGUUACUUUCUACAUUUCUUAUCAGCAGUAAAAGUAAGAGAGGAGUGGAAAUUUUAUUUCGCAAUCUGGAGAUCCAAGAAAUGAAAGUUUACCCUGAUAUGGUGGGGGAAUAGUUGUGAAGCUACAAGCAAGGACUGCUUUGUACUAAUGAAGCUGUCGACCACUUCAAUAGCCAAGUGACAUGUUGUAAAAUUUCUGUGCAAAUUGAUUAAUAUUGUAAUUAUGCUUCCAUAUGUUUUCUAUAAAUAAAUGGCUAGUUUGUUAAUGUAUUGAUGCCCUUUUCAUUUA